UUCUGGGGACCACGGAGGCGACCACUCCCAACGACACCGGGGAACCCCAGGAUUUCCCUGGGGGGACAGCAGGUGGGUCCAGCGGAGAAAGCGGGCUUGAGGUGCGAGAGCCCAGCCCCAGCAUGGAUGAAAUAGCGCUGCUCGGCUUGGAGGGCAUCAGGAAGAAGAUCCUGCAUGGAGGCCUGGGGGAGCUACCCGCCUUCCACGACGGGAGUAAGGUCACCUUCCACUUCAUGACGCUGAAGGACGACGCGGAGCGCACGGUGAUCGACGACAGCCGCCGGGCGGGAGCCCCCGCGGAGCUGGUCGUGGGGAAGCUCUUCAAGAUGGAGGUGUGGGAGACCCUGCUCACCUCCAUGAGGCUCGGAGAGGUGGCCGAGUUCUGGUGCGACGCCGUGCACACGGGCUUGUACGCGCUCGUGUCCAGGAGCGUGAGGAGGAUCGCAGAGGGCAGGGACCCGGCUGAGGGGCAGAGGCACCGCUGCGGCAUGGGCAACUUGUUCGACUACCACAGCACGGGCUACGGCGACCUGGACGAGCUGCAGAGGAGCCCGCGGCCCCUCAUCUUCGUCAUGGAGCUGCUCAAGGUGGAAGCCCCCUGGUCCUACAAGCGCGACACCUGGGCCAUGAACCCAGAGGAGAAGCUGCAGGCCGUGCCCCUGCUCCACGCCCAGGGCAACCGGCUGGUCCUGCAGAGGAAGUUCGGCGAGGCGGCCGCCAAGUACCAGGAGGCUGUCGUCUGUCUCCGCACCCUCCAGGCCAAGGAGAAGCCCCUGGAGGCCUCCUGGUGCCACUUGGAGGGGCUCCUCACGCCGCUCAUCCUCAACUACUGCCAAUGCCAGCUGGAGUUGGGGGACCACUACGAGGUGCUGCAGCACACCACCGCCCUCCUCCAGAAGGACCCAGGGAACGUCAAAGCUUAUUUCAAGCGCGCCAAGGCCCACGCGGCCGUGUGGGACGAGGAGGAGGCCCGGGCGGACUUCCUGAGGGCGGCCCGGCUGGACCCGACCCUGGCCGCGGCCGUGAAGGAGGAGCUGAGGCUGCUGGGAGAGAGGAUGAGAAGAAAGAGGGUGGAGGAGCGGCACACCUUCCGCGGUCUUUUCCGGAGGUCGGGGCCCAAGGAGCCGGGAGCUGGGCACCAGGAGGGCGUGAAGGGGGCAGAGAUCGAGGAAGGGGAAUGGAGGGGACAGGCAAGGAGUGGGAGGACAGAGACCAGGAGGCAGGGGGAGAGUGGAGAAGCAGGAUCAGGGGAAGAGGAUGGGGCUGCGGGUGAGAAUAGAGGAGAUGGACUCAGACCUAAGGGCAGUGACACAGAUGGAGAAGGGGAGCAGGAUUCCCAGGAAGACGGGAAAGGGGCAGGAGUGAGAGAAGGAGCAUUUGGGGGAAAUAAGAAAAUCUCCAAAGGGCCUUUACCACAAGCCACCGCUUCCUCCAUCAGUCCACACCUCCACAGCCCACCCUCCGGGGCCCCCGGGGAAAUGGGGCUAGGAGUCGGGGGAGCUUCCAAUAAAGGGAAGAGGAAGGGGAAGACGACAGCCAAAUCCCAGGACAGGCGGGGCAGGCCGCAUGGCCCCAUAGGAGUCACGAGCCCCGUAGGCAUGGCAGGAGCUGCCAAAGUCCGGGGCUACCAGGCUAGGUUUUCAGACGAGGCUUCCCAGUCCGGCCGGGCCAAGGGUGGGAGGCCUCACACUGGAAAACUUUGGGACGCGGGCCCGGCUUGGCGCGCCCGGGCCCCUCCGCCUGACUCGGUGGUGCUGACCCAGGCAGUCCGGGCAGUGGGCCCGGAGGAGCUGGGGCCUUGGCCACUCACCCAGAGCAGGGAAAUGGCGCCGGACCGGGCAUCGGGAAGUUGGGGCCCCGGGGCAGGACUGGCCCGGGCCUUCUGUCCCGUUUGGGUCCCGUCCCCGGCCCCACUCCGGCUAACUCCCCUCCCAAACCUGACCAACAUCCAGCCAGUGACUGGGCCUGAGAAUGCAGCCUUCCGAGCCUUUCCCAGAAUCCUUCCCGGCCAACGUUCUCUGACCUUCUUACACUCUCAGCCCCUGUAUUCGGGAGCCCUCACACCUCAACACAGAAAACCUGACAACUGCAUCCUCAUCCAGUCCUCCCAGGGCUGA